GGGCUCGGUCCGCCCGCCAUGGGGGGGGCCGGGAACGGCCGGGGCAGGCGGCGGGGACACCGGGCAGGGACCCUCCCCGCCACGCCCCUCAGUCGCCGUCACCGCGGUCCGGGGGGGCCCGGCAGGCCCCGGUCCUCCCGCCCGCAGGGGGGCGCUGUGGGCCCGCCAGGCCUCGCCGCGCCCGUUCUGCCGCCGCCGCGCAGGCGAAGGCCCCGGCGGUCCCCGGGUGCUCCGGUCCCUCAGCGCUGCCCCGAGGGCUCCGCCCCGGUCCCGCAGGCUGAGGCCUGGGCCCGCUGUGGGCACGGCCGCGUCCCCCGCCCGGUAGCUGCGCGCUGCGCCUCCGGCGUCCCCUCAGGCCGCUGUCCCCGUCCCCGCCCGGGGGGGCGCGGCCCCCCGGCCCCCCGGCCCCCGCUGACAGCCGCGCUCCGCAGGCGGGUUCCCGCCGCGGCCCGCGGUGAGGCGGCAUGGGGAAGAGCUGCAAGGUGGUUGUGUGCGGCCAGGCCUCCGUCGGGAAAACGUCGAUCCUGGAGCAGCUUCUGUACGGGAACCAUGUGGUGGGCUCCGAGAUGAUCGAGACCCAGGAGGACAUUUACGUGGGCUCCAUUGAGACAGACCGGGGCGUGCGCGAGCAGGUGCGCUUCUACGACACGCGGGGCCUGCGGGACGGCCUGGAGCUUCCCAAGCACUGCUUCUCCUGCACGGACGGCUACGUGCUGGUCUAUAGCACUGACAGCAAGGAGUCCUUCAAGCGGGUGGAGCUCCUCAAGAAGGAGAUUGACAAGUCCAAAGACAAGAAAGAGGUCACCAUCGUGGUUUUGGGCAACAAGUGUGACCUGCAGGAGCAGCGCCGGGUGGACCAUGACGCAGCUCAGCACUGGGCCAAGGGCGAGAAGGUGAAGCUGUGGGAGGUGUCCGUGGCUGACCGGCAUACGCUGAUCGAGCCAUUCAUCUACCUGGCCAGUAAGAUGACGCAGCCACAAAGCAAGUCUGCUUUUCCCCUGAGUCGCAAGAACAAGGGCAGCGGAUCCGUGGAUGGUUGAGCCUUGUUUUCCCUUCCCUUCCAUUGCCACCUCCUCUUCCUCACCUCCCUAUUUCCCUUGCUCAUUCCUCCUGCUAAGCCUGGUUGGUGUCGUGAAGCCUGCAGGAAGCACAGUGGCACGAGGAACGGGUGUCCCAGAGCUGGGGAUGGUCUUCGAGGAUGAGAGAGGUGAGCCAUCUCCUUGCACUGGGACAGGGACUGCUCUCACUGCCCGGCCCCUGCAGGUGUUGGAGGUGCUACAGGAAAGCCAGGAUUCACUGGGUGACCCCUCUGCUCUCGGGGCGCAGGCUGGCAGACCCGGCACAGCUCGGGGCUGGCCAGCAGAUGGGGAUCAGCUCCGCAGCUGAGCACAGCCCAGCCAGAGGAAGCUCUUCCCUCUCCCUCGAGCUGCUCUGUUUUACAUUUACCGAUACCAUGUGAGAACAGCCCAUUUGCUGGCCCUGCCUCCCGCCCGGCCGCUGUCGGAGCAGCUCUCCCGUGUCCCACCCCAGCCGGCGCCGCAGUGUUCCCCAGCAGGUUGCCCCUGCCCUGGCAGUGCUCACUGCUCCUUCACGUGCAGAAAUACUGAGUCAUCCUGCCCCACUGAGUGCACGGAGCAGAGCAGGGCAAGAUGCUGUUGCCGAGGGCAGGGUGCCCACACGCAGCCCUCCUCCUCCUGAGUGCAGACUCAGUCCUGACCUUGGAGAAGCUGGGACUGUGCUUAGCCUGCACACCCUGAUGCUUAGAGCUGUGGCAGCGCUCGCUGCCCAGCUGUCACGGUGCUGACCCUCUGCUCAGAACCACCACGAGACAAGGGAAAGGUGUCCCAGUCCUGCCCAGCAGCACGUGUUCUCUUCAGCUAGUUGGAUCUAGGAAAAAAAAAAAGUGACGAGAGAGCCCUGGCUUGUUUACACUUGUUCCUUUUAUUUACUGAGUAACACAAUAAAGCGAUGAGAUUCGAUUAUCAAAA